AUGAAGACUAUGCAAAUGCUUGCUCUCGGCUCAGCCGUAGCUGGUGCCUCUGCCAAGCAUCAAGGACGUUAUCACAACACCACCACGGCGGCUACACCCAACGUCGUCUACACCACCGAGAUCGUCACGGCUCUCACCACCUACUGCCCUGGUCCCACGACCAUCACCCACGGCGCCAAGACCUACACCGUCACCUCUGCCACCACGCUGACCAUCACCGACUGCCCCUGCACCAUCAGCAAGCCCGUCCACCCCACGGGCACCCCUGGCGAUGAGUGCUCCAAGCAGUGCUACCGGGCUUACAACGCCUGCCGCGGCAAGCCCGGUGCCAACAUGUCCUACUGCGCCUACGAGUUCGCCUCCUGCCUAGGCUACAACCCCUUUGGCGGCGACGGCUCGCUCAUCACGCCCACGGCCUGCUCCAAGACUGCAGCUUCCACUCAGGCUCCCACGCAGACUGCCACCUCCGACGAUUGCGCCAAGAACUGCUACAACGCCUACAACAAGUGCCGCGGCGCUCCUGGCGCCAACUUUGCCGUCUGCGGCUCCCAGUUUGCCUCUUGCCUGGGAUACAACCCCUUCACCGGCCGCAACGGCACCCUCGUCACUCCCACCGCCUGCUCCGGCAAGCCUCUCGUUUCUUCCACUGCCGUCAGCACUCCCUGCCCUACUGAGACGCACGUCCAGCCUCCUCAGGACUGUGCCCAGAUGUGCUAUGACAAGUACAACCAGUGCCGUGGCAAGCCUGGCGCCAACAUGUCCUUCUGUGCCUCUCAGUUUGCAGGAUGCCUGGGCUACAACCCCUUCAAGAACGGUACGCUCGUCACCCCCACCGCUUGCUCUAAGCCCGCUGCCUCUUCUACUGCUGUUCCUACCAACCCCGUUGUUCCCACGCAGUCGGAGCCUGCUGAGAAGGACUGCGCCAAGAUGUGCUACGACAAGUAUAACAUGUGCCGUGGCAAGCCUGGCGCCAACAUGUCCUUCUGUGCCUCUCAGUUUGCGGGAUGUCUGGGGUAUAACCCCUUUGAUGGCAACGGGUCUCUUGUGACGCCUACGGCUUGCUCUUCUGGCACUGCUGUUACUGCUGCUACUGCUACUGAAACUGCUACUGAUACUGCUACUGGUGUUGUUACUGAGCCUACUAGCGCUAUGACUGAGCCUACUAGUGCCGUGACUGAGCCUACCAGUGCUGUGACUGAGCCUACUGGUGCUGGUACUCAGGCCACUGGUAAUCCUACCGGCACGAACCCUCCUGUUACCGCCGGUGCUGGUGCCUUGGCUCCUGCCAAGAUUCUCCUUGCGCUGGGUGCUAUUGCUUUGCUGUGA